AUGAUUGUUGCGACGGAGGGUAAUGGGCCAUCUGGUGGCAGCGCCGUCACGGGAUAUGGUGGCGGACCACCGGAUGUCGGUGUUGUCACAAGAGAUGGUGGUAGGCCACCAGAUGAUGGUGUUGGUUCAAGAGACGGUGGCGGGCCGCCAGAUAGUGGUACUACUUCAAGGGGUGGUGGCGGGCCGUCGGAGGAUGGCGCUACUCCAAGAGGAGGUGGUAGGCCACCGGAAGAUGGUGCUACUUCAGGAGAAGGUUGUGGGCCACCGGGAGAUGGUGCUGCUGGGGUGUUGACUGCUUCCAACAACGCCAUCGAGUGUAUCGGGCUAUGUGGUGGUUCCGAUGACUCACCCGCCGUCUUCUUCGUCAUGCGUGGUUAA